CCAAGAAAGAAUUUUCCUACACAUUUAGACACACACACACACGCAAGCAUUGUUCUCUCUGGAAAAGGACAAAUUUGUCCAGUGCCUAUUACCAGUUGUUAUAAUAUUCCAAAAAGAGAGGAACACCUUACUUUCUAUUGGAAUUGUUAUCUGAUUCCUAAGCAGACAAGCUUCUACUUAUCUCUCUCUCUCUCUCUCCUCUAUCUCUUCUCUCUGUUUCAUCCAUUGAGAGUUAGAGAGAGUAGUGAUGGAGAAGCUGAACAAGUUGUUAGAAGCAGAAGCAACAAAUAUAGAAAGACCAGACGAAGAAGAAGGCCGUGAUUGUAGCAGCAACAAUCUCCAUCAGUCACUGCUCAAAAGAAACAGAACACUUUCCUCCAAUCAACUCGCCUUUGUUGGGACCAAGGUUUCUCAUAUAGAGAGCUUGGAUUAUGAGAUCAAUGAGAAUGAUCUGUUCAAGCAAGAUUGGAGAAGCAGAUCAAAAGUCCAAGUUUUGCAGUACAUUUUCUUGAAAUGGUUGCUUGCUUUCCUAGUUGGCCUUCUCACUGGAGUCAUAGCAACUCUCAUCAAUCUUGCUGUUGAAAAUAUAGCCGGAUACAAACUCCGGGCCGUGGUUAAGUACAUCGAUCAAGAAAGAUACCUCAUGGGAUUUGUAUAUAUGGCUGGAGCAAAUUUUCUGCUGACGUUUGUAGCUGCGAUUCUCUGUGUUUGCUUUGCACCCACAGCAGCUGGACCUGGAAUUCCUGAAAUUAAAGCUUAUUUAAAUGGAGUUGACACCCCUGAUAUGUUUGGUGCAACACAAUUGAUUGUCAAGAUAAUAGGAAGCAUUGGGGCCGUUUCUGCUGGAUUGGAUCUUGGCAAAGAAGGGCCUCUAGUGCACAUCGGGAGCUGCAUUGCUGCGCUAUUAGGGCAAGGCGGGACCGAAAAAUACCGAAUUAGAUGGCGUUGGCUGAGAUACUUCAAUAACGAUCGUGACCGUAGAGAUCUAAUCACCUGUGGCUCCUCCUCUGGUGUAUGUGCAGCUUUCCGGUCACCCGUCGGUGGGGUCCUCUUUGCUCUCGAAGAGGUGGCUACAUGGUGGAGAAGUGCUCUCCUCUGGAGAACCUUUUUCAGCACAGCAGUGGUGGUUGUAGUGCUUAGAGCCGCCAUGGAAUACUGCAAAUCCGGCGAAUGUGGGCUGUUUGGUAAAGGAGGACUAAUCAUGUUCGAUGUGAGUGGUGUCUCUGUGAGGUACCAUGUAGUGGAUAUCAUCCCUGUGGCUGUUAUCGGAGUUGUUGGUGGCGUUUUGGGAAGCCUUUAUAACUACCUUCUCCACAAAGUCCUCAAAGUCUACAAUGUCAUAAAUAAGAAGGGGAAAGUUCCUAAGCUUAUCCUCAGCUUGAGUGUCUCCAUUUUCACUUCUGUGUGCCUUUACGGACUUCCUUUUCUUGCAAAGUGCCAGCCUUGUGAUCCGUCAUUACCCGAUUCUUCUUCCUGCCCGAAUACCGGUGGGGCAGGAAACUUCAAGCAAUUCAACUGCCCGAGUGGCUACUACAACGACCUAGCCACUCUUCUCCUUACAACCAACGACGAUGCUGUUCGAAGCAUAUUCUCCAUAAACACAGCAACAGAAUACAACAUCGUCUCCCUGAUUAUCUUCUUUCUACUGUAUUGCAUAUUAGGACUCAUCACCUUUGGAAUAGCAGUUCCUUCAGGCCUGUUCCUCCCAAUCAUUCUAAUGGGCUCAGCUUAUGGGCGUUUGCUCGGUAUGGCAAUGGGGCCCUACACAAGAAUCGAUCAGGGGCUUUACGCAGUUCUUGGUGCAGCCUCACUCAUGGCUGGUUCUAUGAGAAUGACUGUUUCCCUUUGUGUAAUAUUUCUAGAGCUUACCAACAACCUUCUAUUACUGCCUAUAACAAUGCUGGUUCUUCUCAUUGCUAAAACCGUCGGAGAUUGCUUCAAUCCGAGCAUUUACGAUAUAAUCUUGGAGCUUAAGGGGCUGCCUUUCUUGGACGCAAAUCCUGAGCCGUGGAUGAGGAAUAUCACAGCUGGCGAGCUUGCAGAUGCUAAACCAGCGAUUGUGACUCUUAACGGGGUCGAGAAAGUGGGCCGUAUAGUGGAAGUAUUGAAGAACACAACGUAUAACGGUUUUCCAGUUGUGGAUUGUGGAGUUACUACAUCGAUGGGUUCUUCACCAAACGGCGCUAAUGAACUGCAUGGGCUAAUCUUGAGGGCCCACCUCCUUUUAGUGUUGAAGAAGAAGUUGUUCCUGAAAGAGAGGAGAAGAACGCAGGAAUGGGAAGUUAUAGAGAAAUUUACGUGCAUGGAUUUAGCUGAAAGGGGUGCUACCAUUGAAGAGGUAACUGUGAGCAAGGACGAAAUGGAGAUGUACGUUGAUUUACAUCCCUUGACCAAUACAACUCCGUACACUGUGGUGGAGAGCAUAUCGGUUGCGAAGGCGAUGGUUCUCUUUAGGCAAUUGGCGCUCCGACACAUGCUCAUUCUGCCUAAAUAUCAAGCAGCUGGGGUUUCUCCGGUGGUGGGGAUUUUGACGAGGCAGGACUUGAUAGCUCACAAUAUUUUGAGUGCCUUUCCUCAUCUGGAAAAGUCCAAGGCAAAUAAGAAAGGGCAUUGAUCUCCCAACAGCUACUAUACAAGCAUUUGUGGCGUUGCCAGAAAUAUCGCAGCAUGAUUUUGUGGAACACUUCGAUUCUUUUCUCCAGAUUCAUAGGCACAUAUUUUAUAUAUAUAUUUAUAUAGUAAAAAGAGGAGUGUACACCAUUUCUCACCGUAAAAUACUGUCUGAAGUAUACAUCAGUUCAUAAUACAUCCCAUCUCUUAGAAUCACUUGGUCUGUAUGGAGCAACGGUACCAAAUGAAUGAAUAAUCAAAUCUUUUUUUUUUUUUUU